GGCGAGCUCUAUUUGAACGGUGAGAAGCGGGCUCGCGAGCAUUCUAGAGGGAAACAAAGGAACAGACAACAUCCUGCUUUCACUGGACAUAAAACCGGAAUAAUUGCGUUUUUCUCAACAGUAUAGCCUGACAGUUUCCUGAGGUUUUCAUCAUGUCUCACAAACAGAUCUACUACUCUGAUAAAUACGACGAUGACAAAUACGAAUACAGGCAUGUAAUGCUGCCCAAAGAUAUCGCAAAGCGUGUACCGAAGACCCAUUUGAUGUCUGAGACAGAGUGGAGGAACCUGGGGGUUCAACAGAGCCAAGGAUGGGUCCAUUACAUGAUCCACCAGCCAGAGCCGCACAUCUUGUUGUUCCGGCGUCCUCUGCCCUCCCAGAAGUCAUAAAGGAGAGAUUCUCUUGGUCCUCGAAGAUCAGCCCGACUUAUGUGCCACAAAUCAACUCAUCAAAUUAGGGAUCAUGAUGUCUGGUAUGGUGGGUGACUAAUGAUUAUGGCUGAUCCCGUUAGGCCUGGAGAAGGACUUUGGCAUCUCUGAACAGUGGAGCGGAGUAUCUAUUGAAGGAAAAAAAAAAUCACCGUUUAGGGAAAAGACUUUUUCAUGUGACACACUGUCUGUCCUCUUUUGACUUCACAUAUUUGUCAACUUGUCGAACCUGCUUGGAUAUUCCAGCUUUGUAUGACAACUGCUAUAAGAUUUGGGGAGUGAAAGCUGUUGAAACAUUUAAAUAAUUUAAAGGAGUCCAUUCUGGGUCAAGCUCUGGUCAGAACACGGGUCAGAAAUGGAAUUCAAGUUUGUCUCUGAAACAUCAACCUGCGGUUUAAAGUGACAUGUUGCUGCUCGGUUUAAAUGACACUGAAAAUUGGCAUUUAACAAUUUUUGUCAUGUACAUGGAAGGCCGCAUCUGAAAACCCCCUUUAAUAAGAGCAUCUUAUAUCAGCUUUGACUUUAAACGGCUCUCUUUGAUGGGUCUGUUUGAAAUGGUGAGUUGCUCGGUAUUUAUGAAUGUGUAGCCCUGUCUGAAAUAAAUGUUUACUUUUUAAAUCUAAA